UAAUUACUAUACUGAAAUGUCAGUUGAACUAUUAGUUGUCACAUUUUUUUACGUUUUUACUUUCUUCUACACCGAUUAUCUGGUCAACUUUCCAUACUUACACGAAACUUUUGAAAUCUAAGAAAAACAUGGUGUACCCCCAUUCUUACAGAACAGAGCACAGCGAGACAAAAACCACGAACUCUGUUUACGGGGAAUACUACGAAGCUAUGAAAAGCAAAAAAAUCAAAAUCCAGCCCGCUCUCUUAACUAUACUGCAAUUCAUCGAUUCCAACAGGAUCGGCUUCAUCGACGACCUGAAAGAAGCCGUCCAAAUAAAGUCAGUUACUUCAAAGCUAGAGUACAGAAACGAAGUGAAGAAGAUGAUAAAGUUCACAGAAAGUUGGUUGAAAAAACUCGACAUGAAAUACGAAUGCUUCAAUAUCGGGUUUUACGAGUUGGAUGGAGAGAAAGUUAGGUUACCUCCUGUUAUUCUAGCUUCUUUGGGAAAUGAUCCGAAGAAGAAGACCGUCUGCGCAUAUCUUCACUUAGACGUUCCAGACCCUUCGGACCAGCCGUGGGACACUGAUCCUUGGACGUUGACGAACAUCAAAAACGUUUUCUAUGGAAGUGGAGCUGCUUGUGGUAAGGGCCCUCUGAUGGCGUGGUUCCACGUCAUCCAGGCUUUCAAAGACUCCAAUAUGACUCUGCCCGUCAACUUAAAGGUCGUCAUCGAGUCUAUGAACCAUCAGAACUCUCAGGGUUUCGCCGAUUUUGUCGCCACCAGGAGCCAAGAUUUUUUCAACACUGUGGACUAUGUGGUGGAAUGUGAUUCGGAAUGGUUGGGUGACAAGUAUCCCUGUAUAAUUUAUGGCACGGUUGGAAUUUUGCAUUUUCAAGUCACAAUCGAGAAAAGUGAGAAUUCCAAAACAGAAAUUAAGGAUGAUAUGGAGAACAUAUUCAAAGCUUUGGUUAACGAGGAGGGUACCCUCAAAAUAAAAGGUUUCUAUGAUUAUGUCGAGCAGAUUACUCCAGAUGAGGAAAAAAUUUACGAAAACAUCCAGGAAUUCGAUCCUGCUGAGAUACGAGAGUCUCUGCCUCCUCACAAAAGAUCUUGGGACAAAGUAAAACUCCUCAUGAGUUUCUGGAGACUUCCGUCAAUAUAUGUAGACGAUAUCGAGGAAUGCAUCUGCGAUAAAAAAGACUUUUUGAUAAUCAAGAGGAAUUUCAUCAUCAAAAUCGUCCCCAAGCAAGUGUGCGAUAGAGUCGACAAGCUCACCAGACAACACAUCCAAAAUUCUGCCAAAAAACUGAACAUCGAAAACAAAGUAACGUGUAAGUUGGUCGCGUCGACUAGACCAUGGUAUGAAAAUUAUAGAUCGCCAAGCUUUGCGGCUGCUAGAAAAGCUUUCAUACAGAUAUACAAAGAAGAUCCGAACUUGAUACGCGAGGACCGCGGAAGAGAAACUGCGACAAUAUUUGAUAACGUCCUUGAAAAGAAUAUGAUUAUCCUUCCAUUGUGCUCCAAAGGAACUAAUUCUGGAGAAGCUAACGAGCAUAUUUCCAGCAGAAAUUACUUCGAAGGGACCAAAGUUAUUGCUGCCUACUUGUUCCAGAUAGCUCAAACGAGAGAGGAGUAGAAGAGAUUCAAACCCAGGGAUUUAUUUAUAGAUUUAUCAGUUAUAGAUAUAAAGGAACAAUAUGUGUAAUUUAUAUUUUUUUAAAUGUUUAUUUU